AUGUAUUUCCACAUAGGCUCACAGAUUGACGAGAAGAAGGGGGUGGCAGACAAGGCGAGAAGCAUAGCGCACGAUCUAGACAAAGCCGCCGCACAGAUGAUCGAAGCCGCCGAUGAUGAUGCGAAAGCAUAUGCCCGACUGCAGUUGACGUGGAAGAAGGACUCGGGGCUUUCGGACGAGGCCGUGCGUAUCAAUGAUUUCCUUCCGGACGUUAACAAGAAUAUCAGGAGCGACGCCUGUGUUGCCCUACACUUGCUGGCAGGAGCCGCCCAUGCUGCCUACGCAACAGUUCUGGUGAACAAUCCACCGAUAGAACUGAAAGCGGAGCUGACGUCCUUGUUGCGGAAAAUGAGGGAAAUGGAAGUUUGCACAGACACUGCGUAA